CACAAUGUGACUAUAAUACACCCUGCAAGUGCCCUACUGGGUGGUUGGCUCAAGGAGAAUACUGUGGUGGUCAAAUCGGUCAAGGUAAAUUGGUAAAUAAUGAAUUUAAAUUGUAUUUACGUCCUACUGGUAAUACUUGUGAUUAUGGUUAUCAGAUCAGUUGCGCCCAGUGUGGGGCUUUACAGUGUACCAGCCCUGUUGUUUCGGCAAGCUCUAGUCAAAUAGAAAUUCCAUUCCAACCUACUAGCAUGACAAGACCCGGUCCAACAACAACUAAACCAUCAACAAAUAAUUCGACCUCUUCUCAAACGCGUUUGUUUAUUGAAAUUGUUAGUAGUAUAGGCGGAAUAAUUUUAACCA